ACACCGGAAUCAUUCAGGCUCAUGCUGGUGCUGUUAGCAUGCUAGGUAAAUGCCUGUGUUAUGCGUAGCUAUCGUUAGCCUGUUAGCUAUGGAGUGCAAAAUCGAUGUUAGUUUAGCUCGGGGCUUGUUGUGUGGGAUGUUUGGAGGACAGAAAGAGGACAGCAGCUUUAAUAUGAAGAUCUGAUUGCAGAUAAAAGGUAACAGCAAGUUGCUUCAUCCUUUCAAAAAGAAGUCAUGGUGCUGAAGAUUUUCUUCCCGCAGUGCUGCAACACGGCCGACAGCGGCCUGCUCGUGGGGCGCUGGAUCCCCGGUCAAGACUCGGCUGUGGUGCUGGCCGUCGUUCACUACCCUUUCAUACCAGGCCAGGUGAAACGGUACUUAGCCGAACUUCAGAGCCAAAGUCAGGUGAAUCUGACCGUUCUGGGUUCAUGGAGCAAACCUAAAGGCGAUCAGGAGGAGAUCGACAGCUUCCUGAAGGACCUGAGUACCAUUUUCCCUCACUCGCGCUGGCUACAGCUCAGCCGAGAGGUCGGCAAGAGAGGCUUCGCCUGUCGGGUGGUGCACAAAAACGGGCAAGUGCCACCAGCUGAUAGCGAAGAAGACAAGACCAUAUUUAUUCAUUAUGAUCAGAGGAAGGUCAUGCUGUCCCAGCUCCAUCCUAUAAAUGAGAAAGGUGCUGAGGCGGACUCUUCAGAGCUGCGAUUGGUUUUUCAGACGGUUUCCCAGAGCCAGGCCCUGUUCCUCCUCGACAAAUACGACGACGGGCCUCUCAAGCUGACUCACUGGCAGUCCGAGGGCAGAGAAGCGAGCAUCAUCGUCGAGCUACUUAAGCAAGGAUCUGUGCCGCUGUGCAUGCUUCUCACCUGGCUGGUGUCAUGGUGGACGUGGCUGUGUAGCUUCAGGAUACUGAAUAUCUGGCCGGUGCAGUUCAUUUCAAGCAAACUGUCCACCUGUGUUCAGACGGGAUACAGGACGGAUCAUUUUCAGACUGUCUUCACAACCAGGAAAGCCACGACACACGUGGAGUUCAUGAGGAAGGCGAACAUUUUUGUGUCCUUCCUGGUAGACCUGGCGCUUGGACUGCUGCUUAUCUCCUGGCUCUACAGAGAGAACCGUAUCAGCCAGUUAGCCAACACACUGGUUCCGGCGGCUGAUCAUGUGGCUCAGGAGCUGCAGAAGCUGUUGGAGUGGCUCAUGGGCGCCCCGGCUGGCCUAAAAAUGAACAAGGCUCUUGACGAAGUGCUGGGAAAGUUCUUCCUCUAUCACAUCCAUCUGUGGAUUAGUUACAUCCGACUGAUGUCUCCCUUUAUCGAGAUGAUCCUGUGGUAUGUUGGACUCUCUGCCUGCCUGGGUUUGACCUUUGCUCUGUCAGUGUUGUCAGACAUUGUGGCGCUGCUGACCUUCCACAUCUACUGCUUUUAUGUGUACGGUGCCAGACUCUACUGUCUGAAGAUCUACGGCCUGUCGUCUCUUUGGAGGCUUUUCCGUGGUAAGAAAUGGAACGUCCUGAGGCAGCGCGUGGACUCCUGCUCAUACGAUCUGGACCAGCUGUUCAUUGGUACUCUGCUGUUCACCGUGCUGUUGUUCUUGCUCCCCACCACUGCCCUUUAUUACCUGGUAUUUACUCUGCUGCGGUUGGUGGUGGUGAUGUUCCAGGGCCUGGUCCAUCUCAGCGUGGACUUUAUUAACUCCUUACCUCUGUUUGCCAUGGGGCUGCGCAUCUGCAGGCCCUACAGACUGGCUGAGGGAGUAAAAUUCCGGGUGCUGCACGAAGAGCCUGGCACUCCGCUUCACUUGCUGAUGGAGAUCAACCCUCUGAAGUGCAGCUCAGUGCUACGAUGCUACCGAACCCCGACCUACAGCUGCUACCCCAGAGACUCAUGGCUCGGCUUGUGUAAGAAGCUUUUCGUAGGGGAGAUUAUUUAUCCCUGGAGGCAUAAAAGCACCAAGACUGACUAAAACCUACAGCCAAGAUCCAUCAAGACUGCAGCCCUUCAUUCACUACAUUCAGAUACAGUAUGGGAUGUGUUGUGCUCGGGACGAAUCGCUCGGGAAGGCCUUUAUAAUUUGUUGUGUGUGCUUUGUGCUGAAGUGUUUUGUAUUGGGUAAGGGACAGAGAUUGAGUUUAAGAAAUGAGAAAUUCUUACUAUGUUGUUGUUGAAGUAUUUCUAACUCAAGGUGUUUUAGUUGAAGUCUUAAUCUUAUAGGAGAAAGAGAUAAUGUAACAUUAAAGCUAGAAACGUAAACCAUACUAAUAUUAUUUUAAUUAUUGCCUGUUUAAUUAAUACUGCUGAUUGAUUGAAAGUAGAUUUCAGGUGGAACGGUGUAGUACCGUUGUACAUUUUCUAAGUGUAAAUGUGCCAAUUUUCUUGAUAAAUUCUCAGUAUUGAUGGUCAACAUUUCCUUCAGUUUAUUUUCUCCAGGGUUUGACCACUUUAUCAUUCACUCGUCCACUUGGGUCUUUUUUAGGCUUAGCCAGUAAGAGUCAGUGCGCUCUGAGUGCCAGUCCCAAGCCCGGAUUCAUUAAGGAGGGCUGCAUUACAAGGGGCAUCUGGCUUUUAAAUGUACCAAAUCAUAUAUGCGGACCAGAACGAUCUGCUUUGGCAACUCCUAUGAAUACUAAAGAAGCUGAAAGAAAAAAAGUAGAACUAAUCGUACUUUUGGCCAACCUUGAGCUGGCUUUGCCUGCGUUUCUGUGGCACAGUGUUAUUAGGACUUUAUGAUGUUGAUUUUGAUAACAAUACUAGUAUUAAAAAAAAAAAAAAGCCUUCAAAAUGUAUAAAAUCUAAUUUAAAAUGCCUAUAAAGCAGCAAAUAAAACAUACAUGAUCUGAAUUUUUGUUUUAAGAUGAAAUGAUUUUCUAAUGAUUUUUAUUAAUAAAUAAAACUACUGAUUUGACUGA